AUGAAGGCACUUGUGUACAAAUCAAUUGGUGAAGUGAAGCUUGAGGAGCGGCCCAAACCAAAAAUCUCUAACCCCACAGACGCUAUUAUCAAGCUCACCAAGACGACGAUCUGUGGCUCAGAUUUACAUAUCCAAAAAGGAGAUGUUUCGACCUGUACUACUGGAACUAUUUUAGGCCAUGAGGGAGUAGGCAUAGUUGAAGAGACUGGAGACUCAGUCCGCGGAUUCAAGAAAGGGGAGCAUGUCUUGAUCUCAUGCAUCUGCUCUUGUUCCACUUGCGAAUACUGCCGUAAGGGGAUGUAUUCCCACUGCACGACCGGAGGCUGGAUCUUAGGAAACACCAUCGAUGGCACGCAAGCAGAAUACGUCCGAAUUCCUCAUGCCGAUUCCUCCUUAUACCCAAUACCCGCGGGAGCAGACGAGUCUGCACUGGUCAUGCUGAGUGAUAUUUUCCCGACUGGUCUCGAGUGCGGAGUGCUGAACGGCAAGGUCCAGCCGGGAAGCACGGUUGUGAUCGUAGGUGCUGGCCCCAUCGGACUUGCUGCCAUGAUCACAGCGCAACUGUAUUCUCCCUCGGAAAUCAUCAUGGUGGAUCAGGAUCCCAAUCGUCUGAAGGUUGCAAAAUCAUUGGGGGCCUCUCACACUAUCAUAAGUGAUGGAAACGUAGAGUCCGCGGUCAAGGGGCUCACAGAUGGAAAGGGUUGUGACACGGUCAUUGAAGCUGUUGGUAUUCCGGCAACGUUUGAGCUUUGUCAAAACUUGGUUGCCCCGGGGGGUGUCAUUGCAAAUGUCGGCGUGCACGGGACGAAAGUUGAUUUGCAUUUGGAGACUCUAUGGACUCAGAAUAUCUCCAUUACAACUCGGCUCGUUGACACCGUCACCACUCCAAUGCUACUGAAGCUUGCACUUUCUGGAAAGCUGGAUCCGGCGAAGCUCAUUACCCACAAGUUUGCUUUCAAGGACAUGGAGGAAGCAUACAGUACUUUUGGUGCAGCUUCCAAGCAUAAUGCUUUGAAGGUUUUGGUCGAAUUCGACUAG